AUGCCAAGCAAAAGACCAGAGAGACGGCAAUGGAAAGAUAGACUUCGCUCUCGUGUUAGACGAGCGAAGGAGUUGGGGAAGCAGAUUACGACGGUGAAAGCAUCUGGUUCGGUCGAUCGCGGUGGUGAGACCGUUGAGGGGUUGCAUUUGUCUGGGGCAGGGGAAGUAAACAUGCUUUCGGAUUCCAAUUUCUCUGCUGCUGAAGAUCUUCAAACCAUUUACGCCGUCAAUUACUCUGAGGAAGGAGGUCCAAACACCUUCAAAUAUCCAGCAAUCAAUCUCCAAACCGACGAAAUACGUCUAAUUUACCUGGUCCCCAGCGAUGUCGCUGAAGAUGAAAUCCAGUGCAGACUCGUUACUGCAACGCUAGCGCCUGACUUGAGAUAUGAAGCACUCUCGUACGAAUGGGGACCUGAACUGCCUGAACACCAGAUUUUGUUGAACGGAUUUAUCUUCAACGUUCGCGAGAAUCUCUGGAACGCUCUGCAUAGCCUUCGAACGAAAGAUGAAGAGCGGAUAUUCUGGAUCGAUGCCUUGUGUAUCAAUCAACGAAAUGUUGAUGAACGAAACCAUCAAGUAGCUCAAAUGGCGAGGAUCUACUCUGGCUGCACACGCUGUAUAGCCUGGGUCGGGAAGGAGGACAUGCCCGGAACAGACGGUAUCAAGGAGGACACAAAGUUAGCUGUGGAAUUCGUCCAUACACGGCUGCCCGGUCAUCCUGUUCCUGAUUUGCUGCUGGGCAAUGAUAGGAAAAUGCAUGCGAACUUCGUCUUACUCUGUCAACGAAAGUAUUGGAGUAGACUUUGGAUACUUCAAGAGAUAUUGCUGUCUAGUACAGUCAUGGUACAAUGUGGUCCGUAUGAAAUACCGUGGAGCACACUUGUCCACCCAUUUCUCAGCAAGACGCCCACGCCCGUUCAUCUUAUAUUUUUAAGGCCUGUCCAACUAUCGGUACCAUUUGCGCUUGCUUCCCUUUCUCGAUCACGCCAGCUACACUCUAGAGAUCGAGAUGACAAAGUACAAGACCUGUUCAGUCUAUCAUAUCAAUUUCGUGACGCCAAGUGCGCCGACACAAGAGACACGAUGUUCGGGCUUCUCGGUCUAACAAAUGACUGUUGUCGUCAAGCAUGUCCAGCGGACUAUUCAUUCACAGCUGCAGAGGUCUUCAGCAACAUGAUGUUUCACCAUAUUGUAUGCCACUUCCGGGCUUCAUACACUACAAUCAGGAUAGCCACUGGGUUAUAUCGAAGGAUGAAUCUCCAAACACAAAGUACGAGGUUAUACAAGCGGAAAUCUGAUCCCAGUCUUGCCACGUUGGAUCAUCCUGUCGAACAAGUGCUUUUGGCUUCUCCGGUGUUUAAAUUCGAAGAUGCUAUCAAAAAUCGAUCAUUGCCACGGGAGAACUCUCCGUCGACUCGAAGGCGUGGAGAAUCCACGGAUCCAUUGUUUCGGGCCGCCGUUCAGGUUUUGGAUAACUUAAUUUGCAAUUUUUUUAGGCAGGGGCUUUUCAGCUCAAUGAGUGAGGAAUCACUUAAAAAAUGGCAAACCUGGUUUGUUAGCCUAGAAAUGGACCUCAUUGCGAGGAGAGCCCCAAAAUCCGAACUGCCUCCUUUGUAUUUUUUCAUAGGAAAUUUGCGCACUAUUGGAAUUGCUACAUGUGUGCUGAAUCCUGGCGACUCGAUAUUCUACCCUGACAUGGACGACCGUGACCAUUUUUCUAUCAACCGCUGCGAGUUUUUGCGUCACUCAGAAGAACCUCCAAGCUCUCCUCCAAAGGGUGUAUCUAUCGAUAUCCACUCAGCCAGAAUCCCAGAAUUCUUGAGCUGGAUGUUCUUGGUUGAUGAUCCGUGGUAUUCGACUGAGCUUGUAGACGUUCAAGACGAGAGGCUUUCAGAGAUAAGUGAGGAUUCAUCGACAACAAGCACAAUGGGAUUGACGCUGGAUGCGCUCCGCGAGAGAGGGAUUAAUUCUAGGCGAUUUCCGCGGCCGAAUCGAGGUCGGGCGGCUGUCCCUACUUAUGUACGGGAUCCGAAGGGCUGGUUGCCUGUGCAAGCUGCAUAG